AUGCUGCUUAGAACGCCUAGGUCAUUUAUAAGUCACCUAAGGCCACUGAGACAUCCCCGGUUAGCGUCCACACAGCGUCUGAAUGUUGACGUUACUCCCAGUGUCUUGUCUCUGAAGCCUAUAACACCCAACGAUGCAUACGUGAGUUGUACAAUAUUCAACAAAAAUGGAGACGUAACGGCAGUUUCCCGCAGAUUUCCUAAGUGGUCGUUCCUCAGGGAUCAUUCUCUCUAUCCUCGGGACCUGCGAAAGAUUGAUACUAGUUCGGUGGACGUGAUUCCCAGUAUUGUUGUAAAGCCAACCUGUAUUCUGGUGAAUCUUUUGUAUAUUAAAGCUCUGGUACAAAAGGACUCGGUUUUUGUUUUUGAUACAUCGAACCCAGAGGCUGCCAUGAAACUGGGGGUCUUUGUGUAUGACCUGGAGUCCAAAUUAUCCAUGCCAGCGACCAGCCACAUUACCCAACCUUAUGAGCAUCGAGCUUUAGAGAGUAUUUUAAUGAACGUUACAACGUCUCUGGAAACAGAGUACAAACAGCAUUACUCGCAGUGUGGAAUGAUCUUGAACGAACUUGAAGAUGAGAUUAAUAGGGAUAAGUUGCGAGAUCUAUUGAUAAAUUCUAAAAACCUCACAGCGUUUUACCAAAAAUCGCUUCUGGUCCGCGAUGUGCUUGACGAACUACUGGACAGCGAUGAGGAUCUAGCGCAAAUGCAUUUGUCGUCCCCGAAAAGUGUCGACGACAACUUUUCAGAUGUGGAAAUGCUUCUCGAGACUUACUAUAAGCAAUGCGACGAAUAUGUGCAUCAGUCCGAAACGCUGAUUAGAGACAUAAAAUCCACAGAGGAAAUUGUCAAUAUCAUUUUAGAUGCCAAUCGGAAUGCGUUAAUGCUCUUCGAACUAAAAGUCACCAUCUACACCUUAGGGUUCACGAUCGCGACAUUAGUUCCAGCAUUUUAUGGUAUGAAUUUGAAAAAUUUUAUAGAAGAGAGCAACUGGGGGUUUUUCGGGGUCACUGUUUUUUCUAUUGCUUCCGCUUUGGCUUUAACAUGGUCAAACCUAAAAUCUCUGCGCUCGGUCAGAAAACUAACAAUGAUGAACUACUAUUCGGGAAAUCACGGGAAACACUUAUCUGAGCCCUCCAAAAUUAUCAAAAAUGGCCAUGUAGGAUCACCUCGUCACCAAUGGAUGAGAAGUGCAAGGACUUUGUGGUUCGGGAGCGGAUAUCCUGUCCGCGAUGGCAGGGACCGAGAACUCAUCUGGAAGUGGCUUUUGGGCGACACAAAGAAAUAA